GAAAAGAGCGAAGCGUGCUGUGGGCUGCUCAUCAGCCUGAAAGCUAUAAAAUCUCUCCCUUAUUCACAGCUUGCUAGUUGUAAAGGACAAAGACUCACAGUACAGAUCAGCUAUUCUCUAUUGUCCCCACUCUGGAGAGCUGCAGCUUUUAUGGAAACCCUGAGUCAGCACCUGGAGUACCUGGGGCUCUGUGGAGAUGACACGGAAGCUGAAGACCAGAUACUUGAAAGUCUAAAUGGGAUUCUCGUGGCUCUUACUGAAGAUAAGCAGAGAUCCUUCAGCCUACUCAGAGAGAGUGGGAUCUUCCUAACUUUGGCAAAAAUCCUGAAAGGCAAUCCACGAUGUGCAGUGAAAGCAGCCCAGGUGCUUUCAGAGAUAGCCAAGAAUGAUGAAAUGAAGAAGCCGUGUAUUGAAGCAGAUUUGGUUGUGACUUUGAUACCUUUGCUGGAAAGCACAGACCAAGAAAUGCUUCUUCAUGCUGGGCGGGCUAUUGGCCGUAUCUGUUAUGAUAACCGUGAUCUUCAGGAAGAGCUGGUGAAGGUAGGUGUAAUCUCAUCACUAGUCCGAAUAUUGACUGAUUAUGCAGAGAGCGAACCACUUGUCCACGUUGACCUAUUGGCCUUAUGCAAUCUUGCAGACCUUGAUACAGCUAAGGAAGCUCUAAGCAAGACAAAGGUUGCUGAACAGCUGGUGAAACAAUUGAGAAGAGCAGAGAACCAUGAAAGGUUAGAAAUCAUCUUUGAGGUCCUACAAGCACUUGCAGAAAAUGAUGCUCUAAAAGUUCAGUUGGUGGAGGCAGGUGUGCAAGAGGUGCUGUCUGACAUCCUGCUGAGGCUCCAGGGCAAUUCACAAGCUGAAGAUACAUGCAUCGUGAAGGCUGCAUCAGAUCUCAUUGUCUCUCUGCUUCUUGGAGAUGGCAACUGUAUACGAAUGGUACAGGUGGGAGUCAUACAUCAGCUUCUGGACCUUUUGGAGAAACAUGUGGAGAGUGGGGAUGUCUCUGUACAACAUGCUGCACUCAGCGCACUUCGAAACCUUGCUAUCCCAGUUGUUAACAAGGUUCAAAUGCUGGAGGAAGGUGUGGCAGAACGGAUUCAGGCACUUCUAAGGUCAGAGAUGCCUCCUGUGCAGUUUAGACUUCUGGGAACACUACGGAUGCUAGCAGAUGGUCAAGCUGAUGCAGCUGAAAUCUUGGGCCAAGACCCCAUGCUGCUCAACAGACUUGUGCAGUGGUGUGAUGUUAAGGACCAUGCCGGCGUUCGUGGAGAAGCAAAUCGGCUGCUAGCAUCAAUCGUGCGUCACAACAGAUCGCAAGAAGUGGUCAAAGCGGUGCAGGAGGCACAAGGAGUGAAGCAUCUGGUUUCCAUGACUACAAGUGAACAUGCUGCCCUGCAGAAUGAGGCUCUGAAUGCCUUGGCAAUAGCGUCUGCUAUUGAUUUAGAUACCCUUGAAGCAUCUUUUAAGGAAUCACAGCUAGUACAAAGCUUACACAGACUCCUACAAGAUGAUAAUACAACUCCUGAGGUUAAAUAUAAUUCUAUGAGUCUUUUGUGCAGUCUUCUUAAUUCAGGUGAUCUGAGACAAGAAAUAGAAGAGGACAAGAUUAAAGAAACCCUUGAACAACUCUGCAGUCACAGCAACGCAAAUGUGGUCAAGGAAGCUGCUGCAACGUUACAGGUUUUGAAAGGAGAGCCACCCCACUAGCCUCCCUUCCAACCCAGAGCAACCUGUGCUGCUGCUGAGGCAAAUGCAAUAAAAUGCCAGCUUGGCCAACGCUACCUUGCAUUUGUCAUGCUGCUGCACAACCAAUGCUAUUAAA